GGGAGGAGCAGUGGCCGGCUGUCCCGGAGCCCUAUGGCGCUGCGCUGGGGCGCUCCUCUCUCUCCGCUCCGAGGAGCCGGCCGUCCCGAGCUCGGGGGACGCACUGGAUCCGCUUGGCGAGCAGCUCUCGGGAGCCAGAAAUAAGAGGAAGAAACUGAGGGAUCCGAAAAGCAGCCAUGGCGUCCGAUGCUAGUCACAUGCUGGAGGCUGCCCUGGAGCAGAUGGAUGGGAUUAUUGCAGGCACCAAAUCGGCCGCAGAACACAGCAAUGGUGCCUAUGAUGUUGGGCUGCCUUCCCAAUCCCCAUACAUGAACAUGUACCCUGUACUUCAUCUCGUUGAGGACCUGAAGCUGUCACUGGAGAUGCUGGGGGAUCCUCAGGAAAGAGAAGCCCUCCGGGGUCAGAUCCCAGAGCCCACUGCAGCCUACAUAAAAGAAUGGCUUCAGGGAAAUCUGUCCCAGGUAAACCACCCAGCUGCAGUUACGAAUGAAACCUACCAGGAGCGCUUGGCCCGAUUAGAAGGUGACAAGGAAUCUCUCAUGUUACAGGUGAGUGUCCUGACUGACCAGGUGGAGGUCCAGGGCGAGAAGAUCCGGGACUUAGAAGUCUGCCUGGAAGGGCACCAGGUGAAACUCAAUGCUGCUGAAGAGAUGCUUCAACAGGAACUGUUGAGCCGCACAUCACUGGAGGCGCAGAAACUGGAGCUGACGGCGGAGGUUUCUGAGCUGAAGGUGCGGCUGGUUGGCAUGGAAAGGGAACAGAGGGAGCAGGAGGAGAAGCAGAGGAAAGCCGAGUUAGUAGUGAAUCUGAUCAGUGAUCUACAGGAGCAGAUGUGUAGACUACAGCUGGAAAUCAGUAGCCAAAUUCAAGAGAGAAUGUUGCAGGACAGGGACCACAUGGAUGCAUGUAGCCCUCAGGAGAGCCCCCAGGCCAGCAGCCCCGAUGGCUUGCCUGAAUUGCUACAGGAACUCAAGCAUCUCAAAAUCAAAGUGGAGGAGCUGGAGAGUGAGCGAAAUCAGUAUGAAUGGAAGCUAAAAGCAACAAAGGCUGAGAUUGCCCAGCUGCAGGAGCAGUUGGCAUUGAAGGAUGCAGAAAUCGAACGCCUCCACAGCCAGCUCUCCAGGACUGCGGCCUGCACUGAAAGCACAGAAAGAGAGGGAGUUUGUAAGAGAAGGCUAAAGGAAAAAUAUCAUGAAGUUCAACGUCUAAAAAUAGGAAUGGAAACCUUACUUGUUGCAAAUGAAGAAAAGGACCGCAGGAUAGAGGAGCUCACGCUGUUACUGAGCCAGUACCGAAGAGUAAAGGAGAUCAUGCUGGGAGGUCAUGGCUCUUCAGAAAGAAUCCUUUCCAGUGGGGAAGAAGAAAUGGAGGGAUCUUUCAGGAAGUGGAACGUGGUGAACAAAUCCCCAGGAGAAACAAUGAAACUGGAGAUGUCUCCAAGAUGCACCUCCCCUACCUUGGGGGCUCCUCCCCUGCCACAAAAAAUCCUGGAAACAAGCGGGAGCGUCCUGGAUACUAGCAAUGGCCAGAUUUCUCACUGUGAGGAGGAUUCUCUGGAAUCACAAAGCAGGACUCAGGAAAAACUGUCCAGUAGCCUGGAAGACCUGCAAAGUAGCUCUGCGGAAAAGUAUGGAGACGGGAAACCACUUGUGCCUGCUGUUGGACCUGAGGACACCCUUUUACUAGGGGAGAACAAAUACCAAACAUUACCAGGGAAACUUCCUGGAACUACACACAAUGGAGAGCCUGGAACGUCCAUCCCAUCCACUUCUCAGACCUCAGGGAGCAGCCUGCCAAGCCUGACUCGUGGCCGGAGUGUCAGUGCACCGAUAUUAGGAGAAACCGAGAGCAACUUGGAUAAUACUGUCACGUCAAACGACCUUUCACCUUCUUCUUCUGGAACCGACUCGGGGCCUCAGUCUCCACUAACUCCAGAAAUGAAACGGAGUCCUAAAGGCAUCAGGAAAUUCUGGGGAAAAAUAAGAAGGACUCAAUCAGGAAAUUUCAACACAGAUGCAAUAGGGGUAGCAGAAUUCCGCCGAGGUGGGCUCCGGGCAACUGCAGGACCAAGGUUGUCCAGAACCAGAGACCCCAAAGCUCAGAAGAGUGAUUCCAAUGCCCCUUUUGCCCAGUGGAACACGGAGCAAGUUUGUUCGUGGCUGGAGGACUUUGGUCUGGGUCAGUAUGUGAUCUUUGCCAGGCAGUGGGUCAGCUCUGGCCACACGCUAUUGACUGCCACCCCUCAGGACAUGGAAAAGGAGCUGGGCAUUAAGCAUCCCCUGCACAGGAAAAAAUUAGUUUUGGCUGUGAAGUCAAUUAACACAAAGCAAGAAGAGAAGUCUGCACAACUAGACCACAUUUGGGUGACCAGGUGGCUCGACGAUAUCGGCUUGCCUCAAUACAAAGACCAGUUUCAUGAAUCCAGGGUUGACGGGCGGAUGCUUCAGUACCUAACUGUGAAUGACCUUCUCUUCUUAAAAGUCACCAGCCAGCUGCAUCAUCUCAGCAUCAAAUGUGCUAUCCACGUACUGCAUGUCAACAAAUUCAAUCCUCACUGCCUCCACAGGAGACCCGCGGAUGAGAGUAACGUUUCUCCUUCUGAAGUGGUACAGUGGUCCAACCACCGAGUGAUGGAAUGGCUGAGGUCAGUAGACCUGGCUGAAUAUGCACCAAACCUUCGAGGAAGCGGAGUUCACGGUGGUCUCAUUAUUCUGGAGCCCCGCUUCAGUGGGGACACACUAGCCAUGCUUCUGAACAUUCCUCCUCAGAAGACGCUCCUCCGACGCCAUCUAACUACCAACUUCAAUGUCCUCGUCGGGCCUGUGGCCCAGCAAGAAAAGAGAGACAUAAUGGCAUCCGCAGCCUAUUCACCACUGACCACUACUGCCAAAGUCCGGCCAAAGAAACUAGGAUUUUCACACUUCGGGAAUAUGAGAAAAAAGAAGUUUGAUGAAUCUACAGACUACAUAUGUCCCACGGAGCCAAGUGAAAGUGUGAAUGGCAAUCACAAGGCUUAUGGUGGCCACAGCCACCAAGGCCUCCCCCCCAGUCCUGGGGAGGAACUGGACAAACUGGAUCAGAUGGAGCCCUCAGAAGGUACAGUCCUACAGAUAGGGGUCAUCUCUCAAGGCAUUCACAACCUCACGACUGUGCUGAACCAAGAGGGGCUACUAAAAUGAAACUCUGCUUCUAAUGCCCACGAGCAGAAGACCAGAAAUGUUUGUUCACCAAGACCAGAAGCACUAAGUACAGCCAAACGCUUCCAGAUGUCUGGGCCAAGCCAAAGAGUGCAGCCUGAACAUUUUCUUGUCCUGGUAUGUGGCACUCAUGGCCAAGGUUAUGGAGCCUAGAGUGAUCCAAAGAUGCCGUUGUUUACUAACAAAUAGUCACUUUCGGAAAAGUGAUACAAAAUGUCUUGUGAUAAAUCAGAUACAAUUUAGAGAGUCAAAAUGUUUCUGUUGUAUUUGCCGCAGUGUUCGCUAUCGACCAAAACUUUAAUGUAUUUGUAUUUUUGCAAAGGGCCUGGAGCCUCUAGUCUUUGUAUCGGAAUUCUUCCGCUCAGUGCAGGGGGCAGAAGAGCUAGAGUCUGAUUUAUCAACAGAUGCUAUAAAGUUGCUCUGCCUAAUUUCUGCUAUAUAAAGUCUUUGAUGCUAUCCUUUGUGAGCAAUGUUGGAUUGAAUGAUAGGCAGACUUGAAACUGAUUGACCAGAUCCAGAGAUUGUUGCUUAAUAGUUCUCAAAGUCAACCUGGAGAGCCUCUAUACUCAAACACCCCAGGGCUCUGUCCUUGGCCCUAUUCUUUGUCAAUGACUUGGAAGAAGGCAAGGAUGGCAUGCUUAUUAGAUUUGUGGACGCCUGAAUCUAAAUAGAAUAGCUAAUGUGUUGGAUAACAGCACCUGGGUCCAAAAGGAUCUCUGUACAUUAGGACAAGGGAAUGAACCAAGCAGAUGAAAAUUUAAUGCGGUAUGGCAGGUGACACUGGGUUCUUCUCCUCUCCAUUCCCCAGUCCCAAUUAACAAAAAUCUGUUUUCUCUCUUCACUUCCCCAUACCCAUUGAAAAAGAAGAAGAAAACUCUUAACAACAAAUAUGCAUUGUUAAAACAAAUCUUGCCUUGGUCAUAUUCAAAAAAAUGUAUAUCUCAUUCUCUCCACCCCACCUUAGUCCAUCACCUCUCUGCCAGGAAGUAGGGAGCAUUGUCAUUGGUCCUGGAAUUGUGGUUGGUCAUUGUGAAGUCUUCUCUUUCAGUUUUUAACAAUUGACUGUACAAGUAGAGGGUGAGAAGGAUAUAGGAAAACAAAUAUAAGAAAGACAUAGAGAUUUUAAUGGGUCACAAGCUCAACAUGUGUCAACUCUGCAAUGGGACAGCCAAAAAAUUAAUACAAUCCCAAGGUAAAUGAGCAGAAGCAUAUUAUCCAGGACAAGGGAGACAGAUAGUUGCCCACUAUUCUGCCCCACUCAGACCACAUCUAUAGUAUUGUAUUCCAUUCUGGCAAUUACCCUUUAGGUAGACAUUGACAAGCUAGGAUGCCCAGAAGAGGGGCACCAAGAAAGUGAGGAGACUUGAAACUAUACCAUAGAGGGAUUAGUUGAAAGAACAAGGGAAGUUUAGCCUAUAAAAAGAAAACUUGGGGAAGAAGGGUGGAAUAUGAUAGCUUCUUCAAGUAUGUGAAAUGCUAUCAUGUGGAAAAGGGGUUAAAUGUGUUUUGUUUAGUCUUAGAGGGCAGAACUAGGACCAGAUGGUUGGAGGUCAGUGUCCUGCUUACAUAGUGGACACUUGAUAAAAUAUUUGUUGAAUUCAGUUGAAGUUACAGUUCAAUAAAGGAAAAGUUUCCUAACAA